AACACACAAUCACACCUUAUGGACAAUUGCCUGCAAUUAAAAUGUAUCUUUUUGGAUCGUGGGAGGAAGCCAGAGUGCAGAAAACCCACACAACCAUGGAGAGAACAUUUCAUCUCCAUACAGGAAGGCUGGGGUGAAGAUUCGCACGCUGAACCUCAGAACUGUGAUGAUAAUCUAAUCUAUGGAAUAUCCAUCCAAUAAUUUUCUGAGCUGCUUAUCCUCACAAGGGUCGCGGAGUGCUGGAGCCCAUCCCACCUGUCAUCGGGCAGGAGGCAGGGUACACCCUGAACCAGUUGCCAGAAAAUCACAGGACACAUCAAGAUAAACAGCCACACUCACAAUCACACCUAAGGGCAAUUUAGAGUCUCCAAUUAAUGCAUGUCUUGGGGAUGUGGGAGGAAACCGGACUGCCCAAAGAAAACCCAUGCAGGCACAGGGAUAACAUGCAAAUUCCACACAGGCAAGGAUGGGAUUUGAACCCAGUCCUCAGAACUCUCUAUCCAUCCAUCCAUCCAUCUUCACCGCUUAUCCUCUCGAGGGUUGCGGGGAGUGCUGGAGCCUAUCCCAGCUGUCAACGGGCAGGAGGCGGGGUACACCCUGAACUGGUUGCCAGCCAAUCGCAGGGCACAUGAAGACAAACAGUCACACUCACAAUCACACCUAGGGGCAAUUUAGAGUGUCAAAUUAACACAUGUUUUUGGAAUAUGGGAGGAAACCGGAGUACCCGGACGAAACCCACACAGGCGCGGGGAGAACAUGCAAACUCCACACAGACGGGUCCGGAAUUGAACCCGGGACCUCAGAACUGUGAGGCCAACGCUUUACCAGGUGAUCCACCGUUCCACCGAACUAUCUAUUAUGAUGUAAUAAAUUGAUUAUACAAACGCUAUUUUUUUUUCCGGGCCACACUGUAGUUACGGUUUCUGUCAGAGGGCCAUUAUGACUGUGGAACCAUAAAACUGUUUAAAAAUAUAAUUCACCCAUUAUAUUUUCACAUUCAAUUUAUGAACAAGUUUUGGAAUAAAAAAAUCAAAGGUAAUGGGUUUCUCAACUAUUGUUGAUGUUUGGUCACACAAAAAUGCUUGCAAUAUCUUAACGUCAUCAUUUAUGAUACAACAAUUGGAAAUGUUGGUACAGAUUUAACAAAAAUCAUGGAUGUUGAUGCACAUGAUUUGCCUUCGUGAACCAGCUAUAAUCAUGUGGCCCCCGUGCCUUAAAUGUGACACCUGUAAUGUAGAUAGUUAUCAUGAAAUCAGAUGUGUCAUAGAUAUUCAUGUCCAUCCAUCCAUCCAUCCAUCCAUCCAUCCAUCCAUCCAUCCAACCAUCCAUCCAUUUUCUCAGCUGCUUAUCCUCACUAGGGUCGCAGGAGUGCUAGAGCCUAUCGCAGCUGUCAACGGGCAGGAGGCAAGGUACACCCGGAACUGGUUGCCAACCAAUCAGAGGGCACAUGAAGACAAACAGCCGAACUCACAAUCACACCUAGGGGCAAUUUAGAGUGUCCAAUUAAUGGCAUGUUUUGGGGAUGUGGGAGGAAACCAGAGUGCCCAGAGAAAACCCACGCAGGCAUGGGGAGGACAUGCAAACUCUAUACAGGGAAGGCUGAGAUUGAACCCGGGUCCUCAGAACUGUGAGGCCAAACCUUUCCAGCUGAUCCACCGUGCCGCCUAUAUUAUGUCAUUAUUACAUGUUACCUGAUCUUCAUGGCAGAAAAUGAAUGUUUUCUGUACUAACCAAAGAAAUCCAAAAGGGGGCAAUGUGCACUUUAAAGCGCCACUUCCGGAAACUAGCAACAAGAACAUCCAAUCAAACAACAGUUCAAUUUUUAGUCAGGAAAGACAGAUCCUUUUCUCUCCUACUGUAAGCCGCACUACCUGCACUUUAUUGUCCAUUGUGGGGUUUGUGUUGUAACAACGCCUUGUCUGCAGCUUUUUCGUUGCUUUGGAGCCACAUCUGCCUCUCUUCAACAGCUGUUUGAUGGGCGACCCGGAGGAACAGAGAGAUUGGGUAGAUGUGGCAAAUGAGUUGCUUGGAAAGUGUCACAUUGAGCAGAAGCUGACUAAACUCACAGACUGUGACGCCAAUGUGUUUGCUAGUCUAUAUGAGAACAUCCUGAGAGAGAAGGUUCCAGAUUAUAUUGCAUCACCACGAAGCCAAGAAGAUGACAUCCAUAAUGUUCAGUGUGUCAUUGACUCACUGUCACUGGAUUAUCUCCAGAUCAGUCUCUCGCAUAUCACAGGCGAAAAUGUCAUUCAGGGAGACAAAGAGUCAAUCAAGAACCUUUUGGAUAUCUUUGAAGGCCUCUUGGAAUAUCUCAGCGAGGACAUAUGCGAGGACUCACAGAAUGAUGGGUCACAAAAUGGUGGUCUCCCAAAAAAUGCUGGUGGUGAAGCUGAGUUGCCAACAACCAGAAAUGCCAUUCAACAGAUGGACAAAAAGAUGGAGGGAGAGCAUUUGUCUUCUGAGGGCGGAGAGUCAACUAUGCAGUCGAGUAAGAUGUCACAACAUUCCGGCAACAGUGAACAGUCGGGAUCUCCCAUUGAGGUCAUUGGGCUCACAGUCUCAGCAAGCACAUUCGCAGAUCAACAAGAAGAGGCCGCUGUACAGACCUUAACCACGGAUGCAGUCGUAACCAUGGAUCCAAUCACCACCUCUGGUCCCUCAGAUGACCAGGAUGCACCUUUGGCUGUACCGCAGCACACUGCCAUUGCACUAAACCCACCUACCCAGAGCAACUCCCCCCACCAUACAGACACAUAUGCGGUCAUCCCAGACGCAAAUAUUGCUGGCAGUCUAGAAGGGAAACACAACGCUGCUGCCAUCCAGGCACAUACCUCCAGAGUCGUUUGCAAUGGACUACACUCUCCAACCAUGAGUGAAAAGGGUUCAUCAAGCCAUCGAAGGGCUGACAUUGAGGUAGAGACAGUGGAGCCCACUAAGGGAGGCCCCAAGAGGGUUUUAUUCCACACACAACCAGAUGUCCUCCUCCUCACGCUCCAGGAUGAGAUGUUGGUCACUACCCCGUCUCCACCGGACACAGAGGAAGAGGAGCAAGAAGAACACCAGUGUCCUACUAAGAGUCCACUGGCAGGAAGGCUCCAAAAUGAGACAGGCCUCAGGACCUGGACGGAUGAAGAUGUGGAGGAGGAGAAAGACUUUGAGACACGUUCUCGUCACAGGAAAAGAAACAGGCGAGCAGAAAAAGAACUGCAUCACAUUUCUGAGAAACUCACACAUCGAAUUGAUGAGCUGGAUCAGAUGCUCAAACGUCUUUUGGCCAAUAAUGAUGAGCUUGGUGAAGUCAAAGACAAGGAAGAGGAAUUUGAUGUUAGUGACAACAUCGUGGCGUGUAAUGGCCUGCCCACAGGAACACUUCAAACUAAAUCCAACCAUCGAGCUUGUUCCUCUUUCAUCUCUCCUCUGCCGGGUCAUCGCUCUGUGCAGCAGCACUUUGAGGAUCACAAGGACAUAACUCUGAACAUCUGUAAAGAUGGCCACCAAACUGUGGUCAACCAUGCUUACGAGGCGGAAUUAAUUAGAUUAGAAGGCAAAAAACGAUCAGAUCUCAACAAGGAACGACAAAAAGCUCAGGAAGCCGAGCGAAAGUACAGAGAGGCCAUACUUCAAGACUUUUCCAAACCGCCCAGAAUGAUUCCAUCCACAAAGUACCCGUCGAAGGUCCAUAAUACAUCAGGACGACUACGAAUAGCCAAGAAAAUGCCACCGCUGGAAGUGAAGGAGAAUGAGCUCCUGCCCAUCCUCCUGGAGGAGCUGCCUUUCCUGCACAUCUCCUCCCAUGAACUGGGCCGCAUGUGGCGGCAGCAGAAGCAGCAGGUGGAGCGAAUCCGCGUCCAGGCCUCUGCCCAGAAGCAGCGACGCAGCAGAUCCUCGCAAGAGUUGGAAGAAGCGCAGAGGAAACACGACCUGCUGGUGGGGAUGGUGCACAAACAGCAGGAGCACAGCAGGCGUCUGAGGGACUUUAAAGAGCAGACCCAGCAGCAGAAGUCCACCCAAAGCCGACUGAGAGAACAGCGACAGCAGAUUGCUCGGGCCAGGAAGUAUCAUCAGGACUACCACGUCCAGCAUCGGGCUCGCCUCAUGAAGGCUCGCAUUAACGAGGAGAAGAUGUUUCGUCAACUCUUUGAGGAGGGUUUAGAAGUGCAGAAGGCUCGUCUGAGGGAGCAGAGAGCCUUUGCCGCAGAGCAACGGCUGGAGCACCAGAAAAGACACCAGGACCACAUAGAGUCUAUGGAGAACUACUACAAAGACCAAUUUUCACUACUGGCUGAAAAACUUGCACAAGAGAGACAGGAGCUCCAGAUUCGAAAAAAGGCUCAAGAGAAGCUCCUGCUCAAGAUGAAACGUGACCUGCGUUCCAAGAUGGAGCACGAGAUAGGUGAGCUGCAGAAGAUCAUCAUCCAGAAUGACGAAGACGACCACUUCCAGGAUCUAGAGGUCCAGAGAUUAUGCAACCGAGUCCGCAUGGCGUCUUUCCACUGUCGCAACAACUAUCUGCACUGACUUUCACAUCUGGGACUCUGCUAAAGAAACCAAGUGGGAGGGGGUGGUGUGUGUGUGUGUGUGGGGGAGGGGGGGGCGGCGACUCGAUGGCUGCUCAUAUUUUCCCAAGAGCUUCAUUUGAAUAACUGAAGAAGUCUUGAUAAAUUGUAGUUAAAUUAUGUCCUUAUUGGCUUGUAGCUGGUUACCUGUUCCUUCUUUUGCCAAAUGACCAAAAGAUCCCCCCCCUUCUUUUUACUAUGUGCUAUUAAGUCUUCCUUUAAUGCAUCCACAACUCCAGCAGUUUAUUUAUAUUUUUUAACUUAAAUUGUGCCUUUUUGUGUGUAAAUAUUAAACAGGUGUUGGUGCUUUCCAAUCCAUUGGAUAAUAGCAAUCAAGUCUGAAGAGGAUCAAAUAUAUAGGAUUUAUAUCUAACUGUAAAGGUUUGGUGAAACAUACAAAUUUAGGAGGAAAAUGAACUUCUAUGAAGCUCCCAUCAAUCAUCUAUGAACAUGACUCUAAUGCUGUUGAUUUGUGGGUAAUGUAGUCUCUACUUGAACCAAUAAACCUCAUAUUGCAA